ACCGUGAAAGGUGCAUGCUAGAGAACGAGUGCAAAAAUUCGAACGAGUGCACACAGGCGAACGAGAACGGACUUGAUGAAAUAAUACUAAAAGCUCAAGAGCAAGAGACCGGUGUCCACGGAAGAUGCCGUUUUUGGGUCAAGCACCGCCUACGCCACUCUCGCCCAUGUUGGAUCCUGCUGAACCCGGUGAUCAUUCCGAAUUCAACUUGCCUGAUCUGACUUCUACUACAUUUUAUCAAGUGGACCCUGAUGAAGGCGGCCAUUAUUACAAAAGUGAUUUGCCUCCCUCGACUCCUACUCCACUUGAACAAGUGGACCCUGCUGAAGGCGGCCAUCAUUACAAAAGUGAUUUGCCUGCCUCGACUCCUACUCCACUUGGGCAAGUGGACCCUGCUGAAGCCAGUGAUCCUUUCGAGUUCGAUUUAUCCGAUUGGAUUCCUGCUGAAUCUAAGCAAGUGGACCCUGCUGGAGGCAGCCAUCAUUGUAAAAGUGAUUUGCCUGCCUCGACUCCUACUCCACUUGAACAAGUGGACCCUGCUGAAGCCAGUGAUCCUUUCGAGUUCGAUUUAUCCGAUUGGAUUCCUGCUGAAUCUAGUCAAGUGGACCCUGCUGAAGGCAGCCAUUAUUGUAAAGGUGAUUUGCCUGCCUCGACUCCUACUCCACUUGAACAAGUGGACCCUGCUGAAGCCAGUGAUCCUUUCGAGUUCGAUUUAUCCAUUUGGAUUCCUGCUGAAUCUAGGCAAGUGGACCCUGCUGAAGGCAGCCAUCAUUGUAAAAGUGAUUUGCCUUCCUCGACUCCUACUCCACUUGAACAAGUGGAUCCUGCAGAAGGUGGCCUUUAUUACGAAAGUGAUUUGCCUGCCUUGACUCCUACUCCACUUACGCAAGUGGACCCUGCUGAAGGCGGCCAUCAUUACAAAAGUGAUUUGCCUGCCUCGACUCCUACUCCACUUGGGCAAGUGGACCCUGCUGAAGCCAGUGAUCCUUUCGAGUUCGAUUUAUCCGAUUGGAUUCCUGCUGAAUCUAAGCAAGUGGACCCUGCUGGAGGCAGCCAUCAUUGUAAAAGUGAUUUGCCUGCCUCGACUCCUACUCCACUUGAACAAGUGGACCCUGCUGAAGCCAGUGAUCCUUUCGAGUUCGAUUUAUCCGAUUGGAUUCCUGCUGAAUCUAGUCAAGUGGACCCUGCUGAAGGCAGCCAUUAUUGUAAAGGUGAUUUGCCUGCCUCGACUCCUACUCCACUUGAACAAGUGGACCCUGCUGAAGCCAGUGAUCCUUUCGAGUUCGAUUUAUCCAAUUGGAUUCCUGCUGAAUCUAGGCAAGUGGACCCUGCUGAAGGCAGCCAUCAUUGUAAAAGUGAUUUGCCUUCCUCGACUCCUACUCCACUUGAACAAGUGGACCCUGCUGAAAGCGGCCAUCACUGCAUACGUGACUUGCCUGCUUCGACUUCUACUCGACUUGGGCAAGUGGACCCUGCUGAAGGCGGCCAUCAUUACAAAAGUGAUUUGCCUGCCUCGACUCCUACUCCACUUGGGCAAGUGGACCCUGCUGAAGCCAGUGAUCCUUUAGAGUUCAAUUUAUCCGAUUGGAUUCCUGCUGAAUCUAGUCAAGUGGACCCUGCUGGAGGCAGCCAUCAUUGUAAAAGUGAUUUGCCUGCCUCGACUCCUACUCCACUUGAACAAGUGGACCCUGCUGAAGCCAGUGAUCCUUUCGAGUUCGAUUUAUCCGAUUGGAUUCCUGCUGAAUCUAGUCAAGUGGACCCUGCUGGAGGCAGCCAUCAUUGUAAAAGUGAUUUGCCUGCCUCGACUCCUACUCCACUUGAACAAGUGGACCCUGCUGAAGCCAGUGAUCCUUUCGAGUUCGAUUUAUCCGAUUGGAUUCCUGCUGAAUCUAGUCAAGUGGACCCUGCUGAAGGCGGCCAUCACUGCGUACGUGACUUGCCUGCUUCGACUUCUACUCCACUUGGGCAAGUGGACCCUGCUGAAGCCAGUGAUCCUUUCGAGUUCGAUUUAUCCGAUUGGAUUCCUGCUGAAUCUAGUCAAGUGGACCCUGCUGAAGCCAGUGAUCCUUUCGAGUUCGAUUUAUCCGAUUGGAUUCCUGCUGAAUCUAGGCAAGUGGACCCUGCUGAAGGCAGCCAUCAUUGUAAAAGUGAUUUGCCUGCCUCGACUCCUACUCCACUUGAACAAGUGGACCCUGCUGAAGGCGGCCAUCACUGCGUACGUGACUUGCCUGCUUCGACUUCUACUCCACUUGGGCAAGUGGACCCUGCUGAAGGCGGCCAUCACUGCCUACGUGAUUUGCCUGCUUCGACUCCUACUCCACUUGGGCAAGUGGACCCUGCUGAAGGCGGCCACGAUUCCGAAUUUGAUAGGUCUGCUUCGACUCCUACUCCAAUUGGGCAAGGUGAUCCUGCUGAAAGCAGUCCUACCAAUGAACAUGCUUGGCCUCCUUGGACUCCUGCUUCUGCCAGCCAAGGUGCAGCUGCCGGACAGGAUGCUGAUGCCUGUUGUGACAGGCUAGACACUUGGAAUCCUUGGAAGACACCAGUUGUGCAAGCAGAAACACCACGCCGUGGCCGUCGAGCUCUUGCUACUUCAACACAAACUGAUAACAGGAAACAGAUAAACAGGACCAAUGCUAAAAUUACAAUGAAGCGCAAGCGCUCACCAAUACCAAAUAGGAAGAACGGCCAAGAUCACCACAUGCACUCUGUUCCAUGUCUGGAGUGGGGUGCACAGGAGCCGCCAUCCAUAAACGAGUGCCUCAGAGUGAACCGGCUAUACCAGAACGAGCUGAUGUCUGCUAUCGAGACGUUGAAGGAGCAUCUCGCUACAAAUCGUGAGAACCAGAAGAUGGUCAACGAACUCGUUGCCAAUGCUAGGAAGCGCCCGGGCCAACUUCCACCUAGAAAGCGCUCUUGGGUGGUCUUUGGUCACCCCUACUUCAAGGACAUCAACGGAAUGAGAGCCCCGAUGAACGACGAUGAGGUAUCCAGAAGAAGACUGUGUCUGCAGGACCCAUACCUGUAUGGGCCCAAACCAUGGUUUGAUAAGGAGAUUGCCUUGCUUCAAAUCAGCAUCCAGAAGAAUUUAAUUAAGACCAUCACAGACUCAUGCAUGCAGAGACGAGAAUACUUGAUGCAGUUCAAGAAAAAUAGAUGCGAGACUGCGAAAGAAGUGGAAGAACUGGACGCGAAAGUGGCCAGCCUAGAGGAAAUGGGCUUGGACCAGCUGCGUGAAAUGACUGACCGCAGUAUUGACUGGUGCGCGAUCUCCGCCAAUGAGAUCGGCAUCCACCACAGUCCGCAGCAGUGCGAGCUGAUGUGGAAAAACAAGCUGAGCAGGGAUGUCAGUGCAUGGACACCAAAGGAAGACAUAGCGCUCAAGGCACUUGUCAAGAAACUUGGCAUUCACGAAUGGGACAAGGUGGCUGCCCAGUUGGGUGGAAGACGGACACCAUUCCAGUGUGCUGAGAGGUACAUGCAGCAUUUUAACAAGUGCAUCAAGUCUGGGGCCUUCACGAAAAACGAAGAUAUGCAGUUGCUCAAGCUGAUAGAUGAACACAGGGUGGAUGGCGAGAUACGAUGGGAUAAAGUGACAUCAUCCAUGCCAACCCGCACGAGGAUGCAGCUGUCCUACCGAUGGGAGCGCGUGCUGAAUCCCAAUCUUCGCCGCGGCAAGUUUAGCGAGGAUGAGGACAAGAUGCUGGUGAUAGCUGUGGAAACAUAUGGCCACCAGUGGGUCACAAUCAAAGACUACCUCCCAGGAAGAACUAGCCACCAGUGCCGCGAGAGAUAUGCGAAUACAUUUUCUGGAAACAUCGUGUUUGGCCACUGGAGUCCGCAGGAAGAUCUCGAACUGAUUAAGAUGAUCCAGAAGCAUGGCACAGGCAAGUGGUCCCGCAUCGCAAGCGAAAUGACCUCCCGGAGUGACCACAUGAUAAAGACGCGCUACCACAGACUUUGCAAACUGUUCUCUACCAAAGACCUCGAGAAACUGAAGAGUCUGGCAAAAUCCAGGGAAUGGAAAGAAACCGGGGACAGGACUACUUCAAAGCAGCGGAGGCUGGCCAUUAUUAAAGAGGUGGAGCAGGAGCAGGCUCAGGAUGGAGACCCAAGGAUGACGAUGGAGCAAAAGUGUGAUUGGCUCUACACGCACCUGUUAUCGCAGAAUUAUGCUAUCGCCAUAAGUGAUGAUGAAUCCCCUGAGACUACGAAUAACAGCAAGGUCAGAAGGAAACGAGCAAAGGCCAGCAGGAAGAUGUGUCAACAGGAAGACAUUGUCGUGCAGAAAGAUUUCAUGGCUGCACCUGUGAUGGAAUGCAGUCCAGGUUCAAGUUCGCCAGAACAAGAAAACAAUGAAACCACAAUAAGUAAUGGCUGGUCAAGUCCGUUCCUCAACAAAGAAGACAGCAAUGCAACAGCAGAAAGUGAUAGCCAAUCCAGUUUUGGGGAAUAUGAAGACUAUGAACAAUGUGACACAGAUGAACAAAGUUCCAAAGAUGAAGUAGGAACAUACAUAGGUAAUGAGCAAGACAAUGAGAAACUAGAUGAAGAUCAAGACAGAGAAUGUGAUGACAGUGAUGAAGAGCAGGAGGAACAGGAGCAAGAUGUAGAUGAAAACACGGAAGAGGAAGAAGGAGGCAAUGAAGAAAAAGCAGAAAAGAAUGGAGAAGAAGAAAUCGAUGAGAGACCAAUGCUUGAAAGCAUACGAAUGUUGUUACCCGUCUUCAACCAAGAAAUAAAUGCAACAGCAGAAAGUGAUAGCCAAUCCAGUUUUGGGGAAUAUGAAGACUGUGAGCAAUGUGAUACAGAUGAACAACGUUCCAAAGGUGAAGUAGGAACAUACAUAGACAAUGAGCAAAACAAUGAGAAACUAGAUGAAGAUCAAGACAUAGAAAGUGAUGACAGUGAUGAAGAGCAGGAGGAACAGGAGCAAGAUGUAGAAGAUGAAAACAUGGAAGAGGAAGAAGGAGGCAAUGAAGAAAAGGCAGGAAAAAAUGGAGAAGAGGAAAUCGAUAUCAACGUGCCGGAGAGACCAGUGCUUGAAAGCAUACGAACGUUGUUACCCGUCUUCAACCAAGAAAUAAAUGUAAAUGACCGAUGGGAAUGUCCAUUCUUUCGGACUGAGGAAGAAAAUAAUGAGGCGCCAAUGAAUUACUGCUGGUCAAGUGCAGCCCUUCGUGAUGAAGAAGGAAGCAAUGUGGCAACACCAUCGGAAGGUGAACAUCACAGGCUGUUUUCAUUCUUGCAUGAAAAAAAAGAAGCAGAAGAAAGGAAUGAGAAGGCACCACUGCGUGAAGAAUGGCCAGGUACUUUCUUCAUAGAUGAACUACAGCCCAACAAUGUGGUAACAGCAGUGACCGAUUUUGACCCACAUUUGAUGUUCCCCGACUAAGACGCAGAAGAACGCAACACAAGUGAAGACUGCUUAACCUUACAUGGCUUCCUUUGCUGUGAACAAGAUGAAAGGGGGUUAACUAAGGGUCCCGAUUUUUAUUAAUCAUAUCAUAAGAAGCCGACAAACAAAAGCACCAAGGACAACAUAGAAAAAA